GGAAAAAUAUAAAGUUUUAAAUAAAUUAAAAAAACCCCAGUCAAAAUUAGUCUUGUUCUCUGAUCAAUUAUUACAAGUUACUUCCACUCUGAUGCUUCCAUGCUCGCUCACUCACUCUGCCCAGAAUCUCCUUUUUUUUCUUGGUGUCUCCUCCUCCUGCAGGCUUUCUUUCAUUUUCUGUCAUGGCCAUGGCUGCUGAUGCUGCUGCUGACAAGGCAGCGCCUGCACUGCCGCCGCUCACAGUGAAAUUGGAUCCUACAAAGUACCCCCUUUGGUUGGCGCAGAUCAUUCCUCUCCUCAACAGCAACGGCCUGAUGUCUUUCGUCGACGGUACCGCCAUGUGUCCUCCCGCCUUUCUUCUCGACCCCGACGGGAAACCCACCAACACGACCAAUCCCGAUUAUGAUCACUGGAUUCAGAUGGACCAGUUUGUGCUUUCUUUGAUCAAUGGCUCCCUCAGCCACUUUGUUGUUGCUACUCUGGAGGGUUCUAUCUCCGCCCGUGCUACCUGGGUUGCUUUGGAGGCUCUGCUUCUUGGUGCUGAGCAGCAGGUUCCGACUCCGACGGUCUCGGUUUCUGAUCAUAGCACCGCUGCCGCGGCGGCUUCUCCUGGCUGUGGCUUUGAUCAUGUUGCUUCAGGAGGAGAGAUGAGCGGAGGCGGCGGAGGCGGCGGCACAACAGGUGAAGGAGUUUCAGGGAAGAAAGGCCCACCCGGGGUUAAGUUCUUCUCUCCCACCGAAGAGGAACUGGUUGGCUACUUGACGAACCAAAUAGAGGGGAAGGACUCGGAAUUCAGGGACUUGAUCCCUGUAAUUGAUCAUGCCUGCAAGCGUGAGCCUCGUGAUCUGCCUGCGGUCUUCUUCAGCAAACCUGAUUACAAGAACUCCAAAAGAGAUCGCUGCAACAGGACCACAGAUGAGGGUUUUUAUAAAAGCACAGGCAAGGUUCGUGAGAUCAAGGCUGAACAAUCCCAAGCUGUGAUUGGUAAUAAGAGGAUUUUGCCUUUCUGCGAAGGUCGUGGACCUCAAGCCAAGAAGACCAAGUAUGUCAUGCAUGAGUAUUCUCUCACCAAAACUGCACUUGCCAAAAUGGGUGUGGGUCCUAAUUCCAAUCAGCAGACAGAGUUUGUUCUCUGCUGCCUGAAGAAUAAGUCAGCAAAUUCUAAGAAGCUGAAGGAUGAUUCAGUCUGCGGCAAUGAAUUAGCUGAACUUGCUGUUGGUGGCGAAAUCGCCUCUAACUCUGAAGAUGAUCAAGCUGCGGCAACUGGUAUGAUUCAAGGCCCAGAUGAGCAUCUCGCAGACAAAGAUGUUCUGCUUGGCACUGAGAAUAUUAAUGAAUGCGUCGAGUCAGAGUCUCCAAAUGGUUUUUCUUCCACAGACAAUAAUGAUAUUUCAACCUUUGUUGGUUCACCUGGUAGCUUUGAUGUACCUGAUGGCAUCUUCUUGUCUGAUAUUGAUGAUCCGAUUAAAGAGCCGUCCUGUGCUGAUCUUGGAGAAAAUAUGGAUUCAACCUUUCUUCCACCUCAGCAGCUAGCAGCCACAUCAGCCACAUCAUUUGGCGGCUUUGGUUUUGGUUCACCUGAUGGCCCGUGGUCUGAUUUUGAUGAUCUGUUGAAAGAGCCGUUCUGGGCUGAUCAGCCACAUCAGCCACCACACCCGCCUCACCCGCAUCAGCCACCACCCGCAUCUCACCCGCAUCAGCCACCACCCGCACCUCAGUCACAUCAGCCACCACCCCCAUCUCAGCCACAGAAUUACUGCUCCUCCACACUGCCGUCAGCAUUAUGCACCAAGCAAGGAAAUGUUCCCAGUCUCUGUAAUGAUGACUGCAGUAAGCAGCUAUCUCCAACUGGGAAUAACAUUUCAACUAAUUAUCACUACGAACCGGUUAGCAACACCGCUUAUAGUGUUCAAAAUGGGGCUACUGAUGAAAGUUUUUCAGAGGUUUAUAAAAUUUCAACCAACGAUCACAAUGAAUCAGUUAGUUCAGAGGCUUACUUUCAGCCAGAAGAAAAUCUGGGCAUUCUUUCAUCCAUUUCGGCCACAGGAUUACACACUGCUGUCACCAAGGAACACAGAACUGGGAGAUGUUAUGCAUGCCAAUAACUAUAUUGACAUGCAGUGUUGAGUCGCAGUCUCCAGAUAAUCUGGAGUUUACGAUUCUUUUCCCACAGUUCUUAAAUAAUUUCAUUGGUGACCAGGAUUAUUAUUCCUGCGAACAAACAACAUACACUACCUUCAGUGACUCUAAUCUACCGGAGCCAUGGGGAGGAGUCUAUGAUAGCGAUAGUGGAGUAAGAAGUGAAAGGAACACUGAAUUACUCCAUGGAUGGGUAGAAGUUUUAUUCUGCAUUAGCUGCUGCAACAUAGAUAGUGCAACAUUUUAGUUAUAGGGGAGCAUCAGUAAACCACAAGGUCUUGGAAGGGUAGCACAUCACCCUUAUCUACAAAACAAAUUAGAUUUCUUUGAUGUUAUGGGAAACAUCUCCUUAAAACCAUUAAGCAAGUCCCCGAUGGGCAUGGCAUAACAUUUCGAUUCCAAGUUCUAGCUCUAGCCUUAUUCUCUGGCUUUCGUUCCCAAGUUCUUGCUCUAGUUUUAUUCUCAGGCAUUCGUUCCCAAGUUCUUGCUCUAGCCUUAUUCUCGGGCUUUCAUUCCCAAGUUCCUGCUUUAGCCUUAUUCUCAGGCUUUCGUUCCCAAGUUCUUGCUGUAGCCUUAUUCUCAGGCUUUUAUUCCAGCUGUAGCCUUAUUCUCAGGCUUUCGCUCCAGCUGUAGCCUUAUUCUCAGGCUUUCGUUCCCAAGUUCUUGCUCUAGCCUUAUUCUCCCUUAUUCUCAGGCUUUCAUUCCCAAGUUCUUGCUCUAGCCUUAUUCUCGGGCUUUUGUUCCCAAGUUCUUGCUGUAGCCUUAUGCUCAGGCUUUUGUUCCAGCUGUAGCCUUAUUCUCAGGCUUUCGUUCCAGCUGUAGCCUUAUUCUCAGGCUUUGUUUCCCUAGUUCUAGCUCUAGCCUUAUACUCAGGCUUUUGUUCCGCACUCUAUUGUUCUGGAAGUGGCAUUAGACAGGAUCUGCUUCUGCAUGGCUGCUGGAGUCUCACUAUAUAAUACAGUGACCAGACGCUAAUGUGACGUUAUGGUUAUUGGUAUGGAAGUUUGAGAUUCCUUCCUAAAUGGAGUAGUAAUUACAAUCAUUGUAAAACUGCACGAUUAUGAUUGGUUAAAAACCUAUCACCUUCAAGCAGAAACAACCAACCCCUACAAUCAUUGUAAAACUGUAUUAUUAUGAUUGGUAUCCUUGUAAAUGUUGUUGAUUUUGUUUUUGCAAUUGGCCUAUAUCAAAUGCUGCGGUCCUGUGCAGCAUUCCUGCGGCCCUUGUGCACUGUAUCUUUGUCAAUCAAUAUUGUUUAUUAAGAACCUUUCAGUGUUGAAUGGA